AUGGAAAUGUCACUUGAUGUCAAUGCCCCAGGACUCUUGUGUAACCUGAGAGGAGAGCACAUGUGGAAUCACAUUCGCUGCCUUCGAACGGGUCGUGGAAAGCAUCAUGGCCGCCUCAUACUUACUCUCCCAGCCCGGUCAGCCCAAACCCGGCCCAUCGGAACAAUGGCUAUACCAGAUCUCCAGCCAGACGCGUUGGAUGCCGCCGCAGUGCGAAUAAGUUACUUGCAACCGCUGAUGUGCUUGGUGGAGACCUUUACCAAUUGCGUGUACGAAGUGCACAUUCCUAACGAAGCACGACGUGCAUGCAUUUAUAUGUCGUCUGAUGAGGAAUCUUUACUUUGGGCGCGGGUGGCCCAACUUGACGGAAAUCGCUGA